UAGACCUUAGACAACUAGUUUAUCUACGCACCGGAACUCACCUCCCCUUUUUGUUUAUUAUUUAAACCAAACUCAGCUUGGUAUCUGCCCUUUUCUGUCAGUCUUCACCACAGACACAGGGAUUUUAAAACAUCCUCUCAGGCGUUCUGUCUUCUGCGUUUCCAGCCGCGCGCACCAUGACGCACGUCUAUCCGGUGGUCGCUUUGACACUCCUCACAGUCAGCUUAGCAAAUGCAUCCUUCCUUUGCACAUGGACUAAAGUUUUGUCAAACAGCGAAGUGCACUACAGUUUCUUGCGGGGAGACGGAGGGGGGUCUCUGCGGCUCUAUCACAGCAUCUGGUCAUCACCAGGUACAAUGCAAAGCUGCUCCUUCAGCGACAACAAAACAGUCAUUCGAAAGUAUACUACUUUGUGUCGGGAAAAUAAGCAGGCAUUUUCACACCAACUAGACUUGAGUUUUGACUAUAUGUUUGAUGAGCAAUGUACCUCCCUGGAUUCUCUGCAAAACGCGCCCCACGAAGAGCACAGCUUCAAGAGAAGGCUAGUUAGAAGCACCAGUCAAGAUGCUCUGUCUAAACCGCGCGUCAAGCGUGGCUUCAUUGUCCCUGGAACGCUGUGGUGUGGCUCUGGGAACAAGGCACCAUCGUAUUCAGAUUUAGGUGUGUUUUCAGGGACAGACAAAUGUUGCCGUGAACAUGACCAAUGCCAAGACACCAUUCUGUCCUUUCACUCCAAGUUUGGAGUCUUUAACAGCAAUAUCUUCACCAUGUCUCAUUGUGACUGUGACAACAGAUUUCGCAGUUGUCUAAAGGAAGCUCAGGACAGCAUUUCUGAUGUGGUUGGUUACACAUUCUUCAAUCUUCUCAAGAUGCACUGCUUUGAGUUCUCAUACAGACUACAAUGUACAGAGAGAAACUGGUUUGGGAUGUGCAAAGAAACCAAAAUGGCUCUUUAUGCUGAGGUUCAUGCUCCCACCUUGUAUGUGACAGAUACACUAGAAGAUGUGAAUAGCACUAGCCUCAACAUGACCACCAUGUCCACUCCUGUCUACAACAUCACAGAACCACUUUACCCUAUCAUGUUAGAGUCUACUAGUCCCACACAGACUAUAUCCAUCAUGCCAACUACAGACACACCACUGAGGGCUACCACUGUAUUACCCACAAGAGCGCCUAAACAAUCUGUACCACUGUCGGAUGCUUAUAUUACAGAGAGGCAGAAGUCUUGUGCUGUCUUCAAGUAUCUUGAUGAAUGUGAGAAUAGGAUCCUUCCUCUGCAAAGGAAAUAUGGCUUUCACAGCAAUGAACCAAGGACAAUGUACCACUGUAACUGCACCAACAGAUUAUUCCAGAGUUUGGCCGCUCACCCGACCCUGACUGAAGUUAAGACUCUUCUGUUGGACCAUGUCUCUCAAUCCUGUUUUGUGUUACAAGACUGCACGGCGGGACAAAUCUGCAAAGUGGUAGCGGUUGGUACACAACUCUCUCAGGAGGCUACCAGCAGUGCACAUGUGAAGGAGCAGCGCCAUCUACAGGCGAUGAGACUAAAUGUCAGGAGACCAACUCUGAAUAAGGCCACUAAAGACAGAUCUACUAGACUUCACAGACUGUGUCUCAGAAUGGCGUUGCCCCAAAUCCACAAACGCAGAAGAAAUCACACCAAGGAAACUAACAAAAAGAAACAAGAAUGAGUAUAAAGCACUACACAUGCUGUGAGUUGGAUGCAAAAGAAUCUGCAAACUAAAUACACAGUCCUACAUGAAAUAGCUUAGGUAUCUUCCCUUUAAUUCGAUCUUGUGUCUUCAAGAUAACUGACUUGGUUGCGGUGCGCUGAACUGUUUAUCCUGACAGUGGGAUGUUUUGUAAUCUAUAAUAGAAAAUACUGUGAUGUUGUGUU